CUCUACACCACAACAUCGUUCACCAUGCCUCCGCCGCCGCUCCGCUGGGGCUGGCAGCGGCGAGCACUUAUCGCGCCCUUGCUUUCACAGCGCCCAAUACUCUUACCGACGUUCCGCACCUACACUAGAUCACCCUUGCCACCGACGUCACCGCCGCGGCUCCGCCCACCACUCCGCCCUCUUCCACCAUCGACGACGACUCCGGUGCUCGUGCGCGCGCUCCGGGCGUCUCCACCGCGCCGUGAUAUUCUCUUCCUCUCGAUGCCUGCACUAAAGUCCACUUUGCUCGGCAUUACGCGCUUCUCUCUCCUUGCGCUCCCCUUCGUGUGGCGGUACAAGUUGUGGCGGAAGUACAAGCGCACAUCUUGGCUUCUCAUUCAAAUCCCCAUCUUCGCUCUCUGUAUCGUCGUAGCCCUUGGCUUGGAUCAGUCGCCUCGCACCGGCCGAUGGCGCUUGCUGCUCAUGAGCGAGAACGAGGAGCUCGCCUGGAGCUAUAGGAAGCACAAGGAGGUGCUGGCGCACGAUGGGCCGCUUAUUCUUCCGCCUGACGAUCUGAGGAGCGAACAGGUUGCGCGCGUCGCUACGCGCCUCGUGACCGCGCUUGAGGAGCAGAAUGACAAUGUUGUCUGCGGGGCGGCGUGGCCGCCCAGAGAGGACAUCAUGGAGGCGAUCUACGAUCACGAGGACCGCAUGAGCCGCCGCCGCACGCGCGUCAUCGAGGUCGAGCCGAGUGCGGUAGCGCACAGCAACUUCGUGCCAUUCCGUCCGUUGUCAAGUAACCCGCUGAAGGGCGAGAACAUCAAAGCGUCGGAUUGGGAUAUCUACCUCAUUGACCUUCCUCAGCUGAACGCGUUUGCACUCCCAAGCAAGGAGAUUUUUGUGUAUACCGGUCUCCUGGAUGUGCUACCGCAAGGCGAUGAUUCACUCGUCGCAGCGGUCCUCGCGCACGAGAUUGCCCACGUCGCCGAGCGACACAGUGUUGAGAACCUCGGCUUCUUGAACCUCGCCGCUGUGGUGUUUGACGUUCUGCGCGGAAUCUCAUUUGCUUUCACCAUCUCCUUCCCUGUCGUGACAGAUGGCGCUGGCAUGUUCCUGAACUGGCUCAACGACGUUGUGGCGGAACGCGCCUACUCGCGGAAGAUUGAGGAGGAGGCGGACAGCGUCGGUCUGGAGAUAAUGGCCCGGGCAGGGUAUGACCCGCGCGCCAUGCUGGAUCUUUGGGAGCUGAUGGCCGCCGUAGAGGCGGACGCCGAAGCGAUGGGUUACGGCCGUUCCCUGGAGAGCCGGUUCCAACUCCUGCGCACCCAUCCGACCUCCGAAGCAAGGCAGGAGGCGAUCGCGAACCAGCUUCCCAAGGCUAUGCGCUUGUGGCAGGAGGCACGCACACCGCAGCGCGCCGCCAUCGAGAAGAUUCUUGCAGAGAAGGCCGACAUGCCUGAGCCGCGGGCGCUCGCGUCCGACGAGGUUCGCAUCGGUGCGGUUGUCGCCAAGAUCCAGCCGAGGGUUAACUUUGCCGUUGUUCCCGAGCUGCCUGAGCCCGAGCCUGAACCUGAGCGUGCGGUGUAAGGAUGUUGUCAAUCGUUGUCUGAAAAUCAUGAAUGCUUGUAUGGUACGGUGUGCCUCAGGACUUGCGAGUCACUGACUGCUAAUCGGAAAGGGUGCGGACCCCACUUGAAGUGGGUUAGUCUCGCAUGGCUUACAAUGCC